AUGGCUGAUGUUGUUCGAUUAUCUUUCAAUUCACUACGGUUCUAUUCUUCUCUGUUGACCUCCUUGUCGUCGUCGUCGUCUUUGAAUUCUUUCCAACCGAGUCUUCCACACAAUCAAAGGUUAUGCAAGAAAAUUUUCUCCAGUGCCGAUUCUUGUUCUGCUACCGUUGAUUUUGUCCCUCGCUUUGCCUUCAGUCCCCACAAGCAAGUAAAAUCGUUCAAGGUACAUGCAACUGUUGCUGAAACUGAGCAGCCAAAAUGGUGGGACAAAAAUGCAGGACCAAAUAUGAUAGAUAUUCAUUCUACACAAGAAUUUUUGGGUGCUUUGAGUCAAGCUGGAGAUAGACUAGUUAUUGUUGAAUUUUAUGGAACAUGGUGUGCUUCUUGCCGAGCAUUAUUUCCCAAGCUUUGCAAAACUGCUCAGGAACACCCUGAAAUCGUAUUCCUGAAGGUCAAUUUUGAUGAAAAUAAGCCGAUGUGCAAAAAUUUGAAUGUAAAGGUUCUUCCUUAUUUCCAUUUUUAUCGCGGAGCCGAUGGACAACUGGAAUCCUUUUCCUGUUCACUCGCCAAGUUUCAGAAAAUAAAGGAUGCUAUUGAAUUGCAUAACACUGCUCGUUGUAGUAUCGGUCCUCCUAAAGAUGUUGGAGAUCUUAACUUUGAAACGCCAUCUGUUCCAAAGGAUGAACAGUCAGGGUCUUCUUCAACGUAG